UAACCACCUGCAGCAAGUGUAGGAAGUGUGCACCUGCAUUGCUUUACAUACAUAUUUUGUACAUGUACAAAAUUACAUACAAAUUACAAGCCUAAGUAUGCUAAGGUUGAAGUUCAAGAGUGCUUAAAACUUUUGUGCAGUUUCAGUUCGCAAAAUUACCUCACAUUUCCUAGUUCAGCAGUGCAAAAGGGUCUCAAAAUCUAAGCAUGCCGACGUACAAGCUGACGUACUUCAACGCCAGAGGUCUGGCCGAGUUGGCCCGGCUGAUGUUCGCCGAGAAAGGAGUCGAGUACGAAGACGUUCGCAUUGAACGAGAACAGUGGCCAGAUGUGAAACCAACCACGCCGCUUGGCCAGCUGCCAAUGCUAGAGGUCGAUGACCGUUGUAUUCCUCAGAGCAAAGCCUUCUGUCGCUACCUGGCUAGAGAGUUUGGUUUCUACGGCUCUUCCAGCUACGAGACCGCAUGCGUUGACGUUGUAACCGAAACCAUCGACGAUCUGUUGCAAGGACUGAGGCGGUUUAUGAUAGAACCGGAUGAGGCCAUCAAGGAAAAGAAAAAGACUGAAUAUUUCUCGGAGGAGGGCCAGGGACCCACUAGUGUGAAGCGGCUUGUCAAGCUUCUCGGGGAGCAGGAUUACUUCGUUGAAAACAAGAUAUCCUUGGCGGAUUUCUGCAUGCUGAUUGGCGGAGACUGGUACCUGCAUGCCAAUGAAAAAGCCUUGGACGACUUCCCGACCUUGGUCGCUCACCGCAAUCGGGUCAUGGAACGACCGAACAUCGCCAAGUGGCUAGAGGUCCGCCCAAAGACGGAAUUCUAAGAUGGGACGUCGAGGUGCCCGCCCAACAACUCCUAAAACUGGUUGUAUUCAUUAGAGAAAUCACUCACUGAAUAAUUAUCAAUUACAGAUGAUGUGACGUUUGUUGACAAAACUGUGUUGUGGUUGUGCUAUGCCAACAUUUUUUGGACAAAAGUAUCGGACGUGUUCGCCUUGUGCGUCACUGUUAAUUCUGAUACAUAAGUAUUGCUUUACUAUGUACAGGGUGGUGCAAAAAGAAGGAAACCCACUUUUGACAGGAAUUUUAACCUACCUACU